AUUGCACUGCAGUCAUGACAGUCAACAUGAUCGAGUCCAUGGAUACGGAAAGGAAGUAAAGGGACCGAAUGUAGAACCACAACAGAGGACAAUAUACUUUUUAUUAUAACCAACGGACCUCUCCUAAACCUCUUCCUGGAGGGUAUUAGGCCACAUAUAGUUAUAGUUCUGGGAUGUUUUGUCCAAGUGCCGUGUAAGACCUACCUGGAUACGCAAAACGGCUCCAAAGUAUUCUCUAAUGGCAAGAGACACCUGCCAUGAAUGGGAACAGGUCAAGUGGCUAACUUGCUAGCGCGGCGGUCCUAAAAGCAAGUUGAUACAAACUAGCAACAAACAAGGGAGUCUGCGUGGGACGGCAAUUGGAAAAUGACGUUUGGGCAAGGAAUAUUUACCGAACCAAACUUUUUGGAAUUAAAUGUGUUUUUGUAAUUGGAAGGGUCAAUUUUAACAUUUACUCUAAAUGUUCUUGUGGUUUCGCUAAAACGGUGAGAUUUCGCAUUGGGGAGUAGGCAAUGUCAGUCAACGAGCUUUUUACUAAGUACACGCGGGUGUGGAUCCCCGACCCGGAGGAGGUAUGGAAGGCGGCCGAGAUCGUCCGCGACUACAAGGAGGGCGAGCCGAUCCUGCACCUCAAACUCGAGGAUGAGUCGCCUCUAGAGUACGCCAUCGGGCCCAAGCAUAACCAGCUUCCGUUUCUGCGUAACCCUGAUAUUCUGGUCGGGGAGAAUGACCUCACCGCCCUCAGCUACCUGCACGAGCCGGCCGUGCUCCACAACCUCAAGGUGCGCUUCCUGGAGUCCAACCACAUCUAUACCUACUGCGGAAUCGUCCUGGUGGCCAUCAACCCGUACGAGCAGCUGCAUAUCUAUGGGGAGGAGGUCAUCAAUGCCUACAGCGGCCAGAACAUGGGGGAUAUGGACCCCCACAUAUUCGCCGUGUCUGAGGAGGCCUAUAAGCAGAUGGCCAGGGAUGAGAAGAAUCAGUCCAUCAUCGUCAGCGGAGAGUCCGGGGCAGGGAAGACCGUCUCCGCCAAGUACGCCAUGCGCUACUUUGCCACUGUGGGCGGCUCGUACAACGACACCAACGUGGAGGAGAAAGUGCUGGCGUCAAGCCCCAUCAUGGAGGCCAUAGGGAACGCCAAAACGACUCGCAACGACAACAGCAGCCGGUUCGGGAAGUACAUCCAGAUCGGCUUUGACAGACGCUUCCACAUCAUUGGUGCCAACAUGCGCACGUAUCUGCUGGAGAAGUCACGAGUUGUGUUUCAGGCGGAGGAAGAGAGGAACUACCACAUCUUCUACCAGCUCUGUGCUUCUGCCAAUCGGCCAGAGUUCAAAGACCUGGCUUUGAGCAGCGCAGAAGAAUUCCUCUACACCUCAAUGGGAGAGAACAUCUUCAUCGAGGGAGUGAACGACGCUCACGACUUUGAGAAGACGAAAGAGGCCUUCUCAUUACUAGGUUUCAAAGACAGCUACCAGACAGGCAUCUACAAGAUCAUGGCCUCCAUCCUGCACCUGGGGAACGUGGAGAUCAAGGCGGAGCGAGACGGAGAGUCCUGCCACAUCUCUAGUGACGACCCCCACCUGCAUCAUUUCUGCCGCCUGCUGGGCGUGGAGAAGGAACAGAUGGAGCACUGGCUGUGCCGCAGGAAGCUGGUGACCACGUCCGAGACCUACGUCAAGACCAUGUCCAAGGCGCAGGCCAGCAACGCCUGCCACGCGCUGGCCAAGCACAUCUACGCACACCUCUUCGACUGGAUCGUGGAGAACAUCAACCGGGCGCUGCACACCACCGAGAAACAGCACUCGUUCAUCGGGGUGCUGGACAUCUACGGAUUUGAAACGUUUGAGAUCAACAGUUUUGAGCAGUUCUGCAUUAACUACGCCAACGAGAAACUUCAGCAGCAGUUCAACUCGCAUGUGUUCAAACUGGAGCAGGACGAGUACAUGAAGGAGCAGAUCCCCUGGACUCUCAUCGACUUCUCCGACAACCAGCCGUGUAUCGAUCUCAUCGAGGCUAAGCUGGGGAUCCUGGACCUCCUCGACGAGGAGUGCAAGGUGCCAAAAGGAACCGACCAGAACUGGGCCCAGAAGCUGUACGGACGCCACUCCAGCAGUGAGCACUUCCAGAAGCCCAGGAUGUCCAACCGCUCCUUCAUUGUGAUCCACUUUGCUGAUAAGGUUGAGUAUCAGUGUGAUGGAUUUCUGGAGAAGAACAGAGACACUGUCUAUGAAGAACAGAUCAAUAUUCUUAAAGCCAGCAAGUUCCAGCUAGUGGCAGAUCUCUUCCAGGAGGGCAAAGAGCCUACAGUUCCCUCGUUCUCCUCCAGCAAGGGUUCCAGGAUCAAUGUGCGUGCUGCCAAAACCGUCCCCAAACUCCCCAACAAAGAGCACAGGAAAACAGUGGGCCACCAGUUCCGCAGUUCCCUCCAUCUCCUGAUGGACACGCUGAACGCCACCACCCCUCACUAUGUGAGGUGCAUCAAACCCAACGACUUCAAAGAGGCCUUCUCGUUCGACUCCAGGAGGGCUGUCCAACAACUGCGAGCAUGUGGCGUCCUGGAGACCAUCCGUAUCAGUGCCGCUGGAUACCCGUCCAGAUGGACGUAUCCAGACUUCUUCAGCCGAUACCGGGUCCUCAUGAAGAAGAGCGAUAUGGCCAUAGGGGACAAGAAGCAGGUGUGCAGGAAGCUGUUGGAGACUCUGAUCAAGGACCCUGAUAAGUUCCAGUUUGGCAAGACAAAGAUCUUCUUCAGGGCCGGGCAGGUGGCCUAUCUGGAGAAGCUCCGGGCAGACAAGUUCCGCAACGCCUGCAUCAAGAUCCAGAAGACGGUGCGAGGAUGGCUGCAGAGGACGCGCUACAGGAAGAUCCGCAAGUCCGCCAUCACCCUGCAGAGAUACGGGCGGGGUUACAUGGCACGCAGGCAUGCGGAGCAGCUGCGCCUCUCCAAGGCCGCUCUGGUGUGCCAGAAGCAGUACCGCAUGGUCCGCGUGCGCCGCGAGUACCUGAAGACGCGGCAGGCCGUCAUCACCAUCCAGGCCUUCACCCGGGGCAUGUUCAUCCGCAGGCUCUACCAGGAGUUCCUGAUGCACCACAAAGCCACCGUCAUCCAGAAGCACGUGCGCGGCUGGAUGGUGAGGAGGCGCUUCCGCCAGGCCCGCACCGCCGCCAUCAUCAUCCAGUGCGCCUACCGCCGGGUGCUUGCCAAACGGCGCUUCAAGCAGCUGAAGAUCGAGGCGCGCUCCGCCGAGCACUUCAAGAAGCUCAACGUGGGCAUGGAGAACAAGAUCGUCCAGCUGCAGAGGAAGGUGGACGACCAGGGCAAAGAGUACAAGACCCAGAACGAGCAGCUGACCGUGAGCAAGAACGCUCUGAACACCGAGGUCACCAAGCUGCAAAAGGAGCUGGAGACCCUGCGCAGUCGCCAGGACGACGGCACUCAGCUGAACUCCCUCCAGGAGGAGCUGGAGAGGCUGAGGGCCGAGCUGAAGGAGGCCCAUGGCCACAGGAAGAGACUUGAGGAGGCGCACGGCAGUGAGAAACUGGGACUGGAGCAGAGAGUCGAGGAGCUGGAAAAGGAGAAUCUGCUGCUGAAGGGAGAGAAAGAGGAGAUGAACGAAAAGAUCCUGAGCGACUCCAGGAGCACAGACCAGAAGCUGAGUGUGUCUCAGAGGGAGAGCAGGCUUCAGGCAGACUUGGAUGAGGAACGUCAGCGCUACCAGAACCUGGUGAAGGAGUUCUCCCGCCUGGAGCUGAGAUAUGACAACCUGCAGGAGGAGGUCUCUCUGGCCAAGUUCCACCCAGGCCACCGGAGGAACCUGUCCAAUCAGAGCAGCCUGGGCUCCGAGUCCCCCUACCCCUCCUUCACCCCCUCCGACGUGGGCGACACGGACGAUGCCCUGCAGCAGGUGGAGGACAUGGGCGUGGAGAAGGCGGCCAUGGACAUCAGCCUGUUCAUGAAGCUGCAGAAGCGCGUGAGGGAGCUGGAGCAGGAGAGGAAGAGGCUCCACAGCAGCCUGGAGAAGAUGGAGGAGCUGGCCAACCGCAAGGGUAUUGAGCCCAAAGGCUCCACCCCAGAGGACGAUUCCAUCGCCGACUACAACAUUCUCAAGAGGCAGGAGCUGGAGUCGGAGAACAAGAAGUUGAAGAACGACCUGAACGAGCUGCGCAAGGCGGUGGCCGACCGCGCCACGAAGAGCAACGGCUCCAACGAGCUGCAGGAGGGCUACAACCUGCUCCUGAACCAGCUGAAGGCCGCCAACGAGGAGCUGGAGGUGCGCAAGGAGGAGGUGCUCAUCCUGCGCACACAGAUCGUCAGCAACUCCAAAAAGGCUGACACCGACAACCACAUUCAGAAGUCCAACAACGUUCCUGAAUGGAGCAACAACAAGAAGCCUGUGGACAAGGAGGAGGCCCUGCAGGCCUACCAGGGCCUGUGCGAAGCAAAGAGUAAAGGCGAUGAUUGGGGUUAUUUGAAUGAAGACGGAGAGCUGGGUCUGGCAUACCAGGGAUUAAAGCAGGUGGCCAGACUGCUGGAGGCCCAGCUGCAGACCCAGUCUCGUCAGCACAAGGAUGAGCUGGUGGCGCUUCACACCCAGAUCGAGGUGCUCCGCGAGGACCUGGAGAAGAAGCAGGAGGUGCUGGGCCAAAUCAUGGCCCUCUCGCCCGAGGACAAGGUGGAGUUCAGCGUACAGCAGGAGAUCACGCGCCUCACCAACGACAACCUGGACCUCAAGGAGCUGAUGGAGAAACUGGAGAAGAACGAGCGCAAGCUGAAGAAACAGCUGAGGAUCUACAUGAAGAAAGUACAGGAGCUGGAAGUGCCGGCCUCCAAGGGGCGUCCGGAGCUGACUCGGCAGGUGACGUUGCAGAGGAAGGAGAAGGACUUCGAGGGCAUGCUGGAGUACUACAAGGACGACGAGUCCAUGCUGAUCCGCACUCUCAUCACAGACAUGACCCCCAACACUGUGUCGGCCACCGUGCCCUGCCUGCCUGCCUACAUCCUCUUCAUGUGCAUCCGCCACGCUGACUACAUCAACGACGACCAGAAGGUCCACUCGCUGCUCACCUCCACCAUCAACGCCAUCAAGAAAGUCCUCAAGAGAAACAACGAUGACUUUGAGAUGACCUCAUUCUGGCUGGCUAACACUAGCCGCCUUCUGCACUGCCUGAAGCAAUACAGCGGAGAUGAGGCUUUCAUGACCCAGAACUCAGCCAAGCAGAAUGAGCACUGUCUGAAGAACUUUGACCUGGCCGAGUACCGGCAGGUCCUGAGUGACCUCUCCAUCCAGAUCUACCAGCAGCUCAUCAAGGUGGCCGAGGGCAUCAUGCAGCCCAUGAUUGUGUCGGCCAUGUUGGAGAGCGAAAGCAUCCCCAGCCUGUCCGGCGUGAAGCCCAUGGGCUACCGGAACCGCUCGUCCAGCAUGGACACGGAGGGCGGCGGGGCGGGCGGCUACACGCUGGAGGCGCUGAUCCGGCAGCUGGGCCAGUUCCACGGCACCAUGGGCGAGCACGGCCUGGACCCGGAGAUCGGCCAGCAGGUGGUCCGCCAGCUCUUCUACUCCAUCAACGCCGUCACGCUCAACAACCUGCUGCUGCGCAAGGACGUCUGCUCCUGGAGCACCGGCAUGCAGCUCCGGUACAACAUCAGUCAGAUGGAGGAGUGGCUGCGGGGGCGGAACCUGCAGCAGAGCGGAGCGGUGGCCACGCUGGAGCCUCUCAUCCAGGCGGCGCAGCUGCUGCAGGUCAAGAAGAAGACGUCCCAGGACGCCGAGGCCAUCUGCUCCCUCUGUGCAGCGCUGUCUGUCCAGCAGAUUGUGAAAAUUCUCAACCUCUACACCCCACUCAAUGAGUUUGAGGAGAGAGUCACUGUGUCUUUCAUCCGGGACAUUCAGAACCGCCUGCCGGAGCGCGUGGAAGGGCAGCACCACCUGCUGGUGGACACCAAGCACACGUUCCCCGUGCUCUUCCCCUACACGCCCUCGGCCCUGGGCCUGGAGAACAUGCACAUCCCCGCCUCGCUCAGCCUGGACUUCCUCGUUCGAGUCUGAGGCCCCAUCACCCCACCACCCCACUACCCCUCGCGUUUUAACCCCCAGGGCCCUAGAGAGAGCAGGUUACCCUCCGCUCGCCCGCCAACAGCCUGCUGACCUCUUGACCUCUAUCCAUUGCGUUCUAAAGUCUGACUCUUACUGUGAGCAGAGAGGAGCUCUCUCUCUCUCUCUCUCUCUGGCUUGUUUCUGCACACUUGCGAAGCAGGGAGGGACAAGGGUUGGGGAACGGGGGGGGAACCGGGGGAAGUCACUUGGCCCAGUACUUGCAGUGUGUUGUCUCAGUCCGCCAGCUGCCUUUCUCUGUGACAUUGGAACUCCGAUUCAGUGGAUGACCUGUAAGUAUGGUGUGUGUGUGUAGAUCAGCAUGGGCCAAUCAGAACAAUGGCCUCACAUCUGCGGGUCCAAUUGAACAACUGGGCCAACUAGAGUAGUGUGGCCUAAGCCAAGAACCCUUUUAAUGACACAGAACAUUAAUUGCAGAUGGCGUAGGAACUUUGUAGCACCAGGCCGUGAAACGAGGUUUAGCCUGAGUCACGCGGUCUGGCUUCUGAAUCACGCGGAGUAGUGUGGUUUCUUGUCCUGUGCUUGUCAGCGCUCUGAGAUGUGUGACUUAGGGAGGACAGCCGCUGUAGAUUCAGCCGCCGGCAUAAACUGCCGCCGUGGCUGAGCUGGCGGCUCCUGCCGAUGAAGCUCUGCGGCGGCACACUGGGCACGAGGAGGAAGCAGCCCAAAAGCCUGCAUUGCAGUGGCACCGUCUGGGGCACCGUCUGGGGCUGCUGCCUCAUUACAGUUCAAGAGAGGCCUCGUCUCCUUUUUCUUUCUUUGGUGUUUUCUUUGCUUUGAGGAUUUUUUUCCCUCUUCUGAAACGAUCGCUGUCUUUCUGUGCUCUGUAUAUAGCAGCCAGACUUCGCAUUGUGUUUGGAUCGCUCCAUUUUCUAUCCGUUUUGGGAUUUUUUUUUUUUAUCACGGCCUCCCCUGCGGCC